CGCCAAUUCUGUGUGCGAACCGCAACGAUGCGUGGGCCAUCUCUAUCAGCCAAGUCCCUGAAUUCAUUGGCACGAUGUCAAUGCUCAAUCACCUCAAUUGCUCACAGAUCAUUCGCCACGAGCAGCCCCCUUACAGCAAUUAGCCCCGUGAGCCCAAAGUUUAUCGAAGUUCCAACUACACCUCAACCUCAAGCCCGCCAGAAACUCGAUAUCAAAGGAACACUUCCCCCUCCUCGAAAUCUUUUCCCCGCACGAGCUCUCCGAAAGACAUCCAAAAAGUACUUGGAUGCCCUCACGAAGGAGCCAAAGGAGCAACGCGAACCUACGAACGAAUAUGUAGCAUGGAAACGGCGAAUGGCUGCUUCGAGGAGGACGAAUCUGCGGGAAGGUCUGGUUGAAUUAUACAAGAGGAAGAAGGAUCAUGAUGGGGCGGUUGCUGUUCGAAGCAAAAUUAAGCAAGAGGACCGGAACAGACGACUUCGUGCACCUCAGCGAGAGGAUGAACGGUUGACAGACCCCACGAUCAAAGAAGCCAAUCGAAUUCUCCAGUCAGGUCCUAUUCCAGAUCCGAAUCGUGAAACUCGGGUAGCGGAGAAAUCUGCUCGGGUUCAAGCCAAGGAAGCUGCCAGGGAGGAACAACGGAAGAACGCUUUACACACACUGUAUAUGCAGGCUCGAUCAUUCAUCACGACCGAAGAGCAAUUAGACGCGAAGAUCGAGGAGAUAUUCAAGGAACCACGUGAAGGCGAAUCUGACAACAUAUGGGACAGAGCGGCCCCACUCAGUAUUCAGGACAUGUUGGCGUCGAUCAACAAGACGGAGAAGAAAGCAGUGAGCUUCCAUUCUGGCCCUGCUCAAAUUACAGGGCAGAGAAUGAAGAAGAUUGCGGAGGAGUUGACCGGUGGAAAGAUGGACUAGAUUUGGACCUGAUGUGUAUAUUAAGACGAACCAAGGAUAGAUGCCUUCUCCAAUGUAUGAAUGUUUACGGAGGACUAGGUCCUGGAUCUUCAAGAAUGUCUCCGGGUUCUUAAUUCGACCCAGCUGGAAUAUUGCCAUUGCUUUCUUCGACCCCUGUGCCCAAACACUCCGCCUUUGUCGUUUCUAUUGCAUGGAAGUCUCCAAAACCCAUUGCGCCUCCGCAGCGAUUGCUUUUGGCUCCUCCAAAAAGACCAAGUGACCAAGUUUCUCUCAUUGCACGAAGCGAGAGACCGAUGGCAAUUUCAGUUCACGCUGUAACAUGUUUUCCUUUUCUGGCAUUCUUUCA